AUGUGCCAUUUUCUUCGUGCCCUAGUAACGGACCAUGCAAAAUGGAAACCGAUGUGUAGACUCCAAAGCGGAUUUGGUAGAGUUCCUUGGCUUGAGGAUUUUAGCUAUGUCAAUGAUACUGCUGCUUUGCAGGAGAAUGACAGAGCAAACGGGGGUUCUGGACAGACAUGUAACCAUGAACAGUACAAGCAAUUCAGUUCAUUCCUCUCGAAAUUGAUUGCCGCCGCAAAAGAGUUUUCCCUGCCUUCUGAAAGGCAAAAAUUUGGUCUGAUCACAGAAAAAUCACUGGCUUCACCAUUUACUGUUGGAGAAUCUGAUUCGUGGACAGCGGUCCUUCAGCUGGCAGGAUGUCCACAUUGUUCAAAGAUUCUCAAGGCUGGAGAUGACAUUCAGAGACUCUUAAAGAACGAAAAUCCCAUAGUCUCAGAGAGAGAAGUGUAUCCUUCCGUGGUGUUCUUUCCAGCAGAGAGAAACAAAGUCAUUUUAUAUGAAGGGGAGAUGUCUGUAACUGACAUAACAAAUAACUCUCUUGAGUUUUUCAGUAAGUCGACAUCUCCACCCUUUGUUUAUUCACUUCUUUACACAUAUGCUAAAUAUUAUCUUUGAAGGCACACCAUGGCCACAGUAACUGAAUUUCCAGAUAAAAAUAAUAUCGAAGGAACAUAGUUCUGCAGGAUCUUAAUAUGCCUCACAACUAGUUACCUUGUUUUUUCGCAGUAACUUGUUUUCUUCUGGCUUAGCUGGUUGUGAAAACAGCAUUUGUUUCGCCGAGGAAGGGCUUUUGGGUUUUUAAAGCUGGAGCCUAAACAAAGCAAGUUAUGAAUCUUAACUCUUGCAGGAAUCAUUCCUACUCUGUCUGGAAAAGGAAGAAGGAACACAAACAAGCUUUGAUCAACAAACUGGCUGCUCCCAAAGUGAAAGUUGGCACAAUCCCUUUUGCUACAGAAAGGCUAGGAGACAGUCUACCGUUUGCAAAAUCAAAGAUUCUGAUACUAAAAGCAGGCUAAGAAUCCGGUUUCAUGGGUGUUAUCUUCAACAAACGGUUACGAUGGUCAUCGUACCCUGACCUGGACGGAGGCCAAACAGCUGAGCUCUUGAAAGACACGAUUCUAUCUCUCGGAGGUCCAGUGAUGGAUAGAGAAAAGCCGCUUAUGGCUCUGAGCCGAGAGGGAGACCCCUCCACGGAUCUUGAACUCUCACCAGGCGUGUAUUUCCUUGAUCAUGAGUCGGUGGCCCGUCGUAUCCAAGAGUUAAGUCUAGAGAUUUGAAUCCAAGUGAUUAUUGGUUUUUCGUGGGGUACUCAAGCUGGAGCCAUGAGCAGUUGUUUGAUGAGAUCGGUCUUGGGGUAUGGGAUGUUGAUAACAACCAGCUUGACUUCGCUUGGCCUUGAAGCAGCUGUUAGCAUCUAUGUUUCUUGCAUCUCAUGUCACGCGAUAUAGUAAUGUUUUCUUUUUAGUAGGAAGAAUCUUAAAAGGCAUAUAUGGUAAAGAACCCAUUAUGUGGGUUGAAAGAUAUGUUGGUUAACUGUAACACUUUAAAAUGUCUUCUUUACAACAGAUGAGAUAUUUACACA